GGAAACCCUUUGUUUUCUAUUGUUUUCUUCUGCUAUUCAAAGCCACCCUUGAAAUAUAUUUGUCCUUCCAUAGCUGUAAAAAUGUUGCUCAAAGCGUCUCCUGCAUUUGCUAUCCUGAGCGUCCCUUCUCAUGGGGAGACUCUAGUGAAUCCUCUGUUUUCGCCCUCCCCUGUUUCAUGGCAGAGUUUGAAGGGGAAAAAUGGAAUCGGGUCCAUCGUUUGCGCUGCGUCCAAGGAGGCCAACAAUCGCCCGUUAACUGGGGUGGUGUUCGAGCCCUUUGAAGAGGUGAAGAAGGAGCUCAAUCUGGUUCCCACUUUCCCGCAAGCUUCUCUCGCUCGCCAGAAGUAUACCGAUGAUUGUGAGGCCGCGAUCAAUGAACAGAUCAAUGUGGAGUACAAUGUCUCAUACGUCUACCAUGCUUUGUUUGCUUACUUUGACAGAGACAACGUUGCCCUCAAGGGUCUUGCCAAGUUCUUCAAGGAAUCAAGUGAAGAAGAAAGAGACCAUGCUGAGAAAUUGAUGGAGUACCAGAACAAAAGGGGUGGGAAGGUGAAGCUGCAGUCUAUAUUGAUGCCUCUUUCUGAGUUUGAUCAUGCAGAGAAAGGAGAUGCAUUGUAUGCAAUGGAGCUCGCAUUAUCACUUGAGAAAUUAACAAAUGAGAAGCUUCUGAACCUGCACAGUGUAGCUGAGAAGAGCAAUGAUGCUCAGUUGUCAGAUUUCAUCGAGAGCGAGUUUUUGGCUGAGCAGGUGGAAUCCAUCAAGAAAAUCUCAGAGUAUGUUGCUCAGCUAAGAAGAGUCGGCAAGGGACAUGGAGUCUGGCACUUUGAUCAGAUGCUACUACAUGAGGACCAAGUUGCUGCCUGAUGAAGAGGUGGUGGAUGGCAUUACAUUUGGUGUUUCAGUGUCAUAGUUUAUUGUUUAGACGUCGUAGGAAUUAUGCUUCAGUGGAGUUUAGGAUAGACUGCUUCUUCUGAAUCAAACCAAGCUUAUGGUCGUUAUUUUAUGCGAUAUCGGAAGUUUUCUUAGCCCUUUUCUUGAAUUUUUAGUUUCGUUU